UCAAUGUAUGAAGCAAAUUACUCUGUGGUUUCUGAAUUUGUGUUCCUGGGACUUUCUACCUCUAGACCAAUGCAGCAUUUCCUCCUUACCUUCUCUACAUUGUUUUAUGUAACAAUUGUUUUGGGAAACCUCCUGGUUGUGUUUACAGUGACGUUUGACUCUCAUUUGCAUUCCCCUAUGUACUUCCUGUUAGCCAACCUCUCAUUUAUGGAUUUGUGUUUUUCUACCUUAACGGUUCCUAGGAUGAUUUCUGACCUGUACUCUGGGCAAAACACCAUAUCAUUCCAGGGAUGUGUCAUCCAGAUUUUUGUACUUCAUGUCCUGGGUGGAUCUGAGAUGGUGCUGCUCAUAGCCAUGGCCUUGGACUGUUAUGUGGCUAUAUGUAAGCCCCUUCACUACUUGACGGUCAUGAGUCCACAGAUGUGCAUUUGGCUUUUGGUUGGUGCUUGGGUUAUUGGUCUCAUUCACGCAGUGAUCCAGCUAGCUUUUGUUGUCCAUUUGCAUUUUUGUGGCCCUAAUGAGAUAAACAGCUUUUACUGUGAUCUACCUCAGUUUAUCAAACUUGCCUGCACAGACACCUACAAACUGGAGUUUGUGGUUAGUGCCAACAGUGGGUUUAUUUCCAUGGGAACCUUCUUCUUAUUGAUUUUCUCCUACAUCUUCAUCCUGGUCACCUUAUGGAAACAGUCUCCAGGUGGCUUUUCCAAGGCCCUUUCUACUUUGUCAGCUCACAUCACUGUGGUGGUUUUGUUCUUUGGACCGUGCAUCUUUGUCUAUGUGUGGCCAUUUCCCACAGUGCCCCUGGAUAAGUUUCUUGCCAUUUUGGACUUCAUGAUUACACCCAUCCUGAAUCCUGCCAUCUACACAUUGAGGAACAAGGACAUGAAGAUGGCAUUGAGAAGACUGAGCACUCAACUUCUGAGUUUGAGGAAGAUCUCCUAA